AUGAAUGAAACUCCGCGACUGCGGUCGGCUUUUCCUACCACUCCACGAACAGACCCUCGACGCCGAACAUUCAACAACAACAAUGGACGCCCACCUCUGGGCACCCCCCCUUCUCCCUUUCAGAGACCGUCGCCGAUAACCCGACCUGUGAAAGCACCUCCUGAGACGGCGGGUGCUUCCACGCCACUUGUACCGACAGAGAUCGUUGAUGUUCCAUCCCAAAGAUUCUACAUUUUUGCGUUUUACGUUGCCCUGACAGCUUGGAGAUUGUACAACUCCUUCAAAGUGGAAAAUGAUCUGGAUUCGACGUGGCUUUUCCUCAAAUGGGUGGGGAUCGAUGCCGCCUUCUUCGUGGCACUACCGGCAUUUAAAAUACCCUGGCUGGAGUUCUCAUUUCCCACAACGUUCACAUUAUGGUUGCUGCACGCCAUUGCAAAUGCUUUCCUCAUGUACAAGAUUCCAAUACCCCUAUUGACGUGGUUGGGAGCACUGGUCAAGGUGGCGUACGAUCGGGAACUAUCCAUCUCAGAACACCGAGUGAAACCAGCCGACAUUCUACACAACUCCUCGAUCAUAUUGGGGAAACAGAUCAUACACAUCCUUCCAGAGGGCUCUGCCAUUCUGAAUCCCGACAAGAAGUCAUUUUGCAUUGAUGCGUCUAGACCUUCCGUGGAACUGCCGAUCCAGAUCAACCAGACGACGCCCAUCUCCAUUGAGCUUCAACGCUAUGACCUUGAGACGGACGAGGUUGAGACGAUCACCAUCACGAGCAAACAAGCUAGGCAGUUGAAAAAACAUGCAGACAUCGGUCACCACAAGUCUGAUACAAAUACGCCUCGGACCCUGCACUACCCGGUCUCGAAGGCGGGUCUCUACCAGCUACAUCGCGUGAUAGACGCGACAAAGCUGGAAGUGCGGAAGCGAAGCUUCGACACGGCAGUUGUGCAGUGUCCAUUCGCGAGCAUCUCGGCUCAGUCAGUGGACAGAUGCACGGGGGAGUUGAGCAACGUCGCUUUGCAAGUUACGGGUGUUCCACCAUUCAAAGUCAAAUACAGCAAGACCGUCAAUCACAAGCAAUUUAGCUCCAUUGUUCAGAAUGUGCAGCCCCACGUGGAUCUCGACAAGGUCUCUGAUGAGGAGACUUCCGGUGCCGUCCUCGAUCCAAGUCGGCCACACGUGGGAUGGACGAAAUCGGCAACAGAAUCAUUUGAAAUCAAUGAAUCUCUGCACCAAAAUGGAAGUCAUUCUUACACCGUCGAAGAAGUGGAAGAUGGUCUCGGGAACAAGGUGAUCUACGAUUCGAGCAAAUCAAAGGACCUCCAUGCUCCCCGGGUGCAGAGUUUAACUGUCCACAACAGACCCCGAGUCACACUGGGGGGUCUCAAUUCGGAUCGCGUUCUUCGAGUCCGCGAGGGAAGCUCUGUUCAUCUUCCUGUUGGAAUCCAAAACGUGGACACAUUGCAUUCGUCGGACUGGCCGCUGAAUGUGAAAUACAGCUUUGUCUCCGAUGACGAGGGGGGAACUGUUCAGUCCGAAGACCAUGUGCAUGAGAUGGCGGAUCGUCGCUCCAUGCCGCUGAUCAAGAAGCCAGGGAGAUAUAGCUUGGAGUCCGUCGACAGCCAGUAUUGUCAUGGGGAGGUUGUUGAGCCUUCGUCAUGCCUUCUCCUCAACCCUCCAAAACCCGGUCUCAGUAUGGAGUCAGAAGACAUUUUUGACAGAUGUGCUGGUAAUUCAAUUGGCAUGCUUGUCAACCUUGACUUUACCGGGACCCCGCCUUUCACAGUGAGAUACACGAUGAGCCACCGAGGGAUGGCUUUUCCCAAGGUGCAAAAAUUCGACGGCAUGCGGGGUCAGAUGGAAUUGUUUGAAGUAGCAGCUGGCUCCUACAUCUACACGAUCCAUGAGAUCGAAGAUCAAGUUUACGGCAGCGUGUCACUGAAAGACCAAAAUCUUGUCCUCAAGCAAGACAUGAAACCGCCCGCGUUCGCGAUGUUUCACGGAGACAAUCGUGAUAUAAAGGCGUGUCUCGGCUCACCCGUGUCAAUACCAGUCACACUAACAGGCCAAGGACCCUGGGACUUGGAUUACGAACUGGUACAUGGCGGCAAAAGAAAGAAGCACCAUAUCCACUCCGAGGAGGAGCUAUGCAUGAUCGAGCUUGCCCCAUUGGCCGAAGGAGGGAGCUAUUCUGUUGUGUUGACAGGAGCCCAGGACAAGUCACGAUGUCGCACGACGCUGCAAGAGGAACGGAAGAUCGAGGUCAGACAGGAGCAACCCCGAGCCGCAUUCGGCGACAUCGACGGCAAACGAUCGAUCUCGGCGCUGGAUGGCAAGUCGGUCAAACUACCCUUGCGACUUAAGGGCUUCGCGCCAUGGGCCGUCAGGCUGCAGAAUCUUGACGACGGGUCUGACUCAUUUGAGCAGAUACUCAGAGACGCAAACGCCGAGAUCUCGGUCGACCGCCCCGGUACUUACGAGAUCGUCUCUGUUCACGACAGCUGCCCAGGCGUGGUAGAUUCGAAAGCGAACAAAUUCCAAGUGAGCUGGCUUCCUCGACCAACGUUAUCGAUCAGAGAUGCAGCCAUCAGCAAGGAAGGAUCGGGUCGCUUCCGUAAACCCGCAGUUUGUCAGGGCGACGAGUCAGUUCUGGCCCUUGGGCUGACUGGCAGCCCCCCCUUUCACCUUAAAUACCAACAGAGAUUCGAGCCGCUCAAAGGGCCCGCUGCCAUUAGCAAUAAACCCGUUACCUUUGCGGGUAGUAGUGCGCAGAUCAAUCUGGAUACCAGCAAAGCUGGGGAAUACUCUUAUGCUUUUAGCGAACUUGGCGAUGCCCGCUAUUCUUCCGACAAGAAGGGAUUCAGCCCAAUUGUUCUUUGGCAGCAAAUCUAUCCUCUCCCGUCAGCGAAGUUCAGCCAGGCAGGAAAGACUUAUGGCUAUUGCAAACACGACCCGACUUUCACAAACAGCGCAGAGGCCGAGACUGAAAACAUACCAAUCACCUUCACAGGCACGCCUCCUUUCAGCGUUGAAAUUGCCAUCAUUCACCAUGGCGUCUCAACCCGCCCUGAGAUCAUUCGCCAAAAGGACAUCCCCGCGCACAGCUACUCAUGGCCACUGUCGCGAGCCACCCUCGACCUAGGCACACAUACCGUUUCUAUUCGCUCUGUCAAGGACGCGCUCGGUUGUGAAUCAAUCCUCGACUCGGAUCCAUCCGCCGUGCGUAUCCAUGUCUCAUCGCCACCGGCCAUCAUCCCCCUCGAGUCUCAAGAACACUACUGUGUGGGCGAGCACGUCUCGUUCUCCCUGAGCGGCCAGGCCCCCUUCGAUGUCUUCUAUACCUUCCAGAAUCGUGAACGAAAAGCCCGUGUCUCUGGCAAUGAAUUCAGACGGCUUGCCGAGUCACCAGGAGAAUUUGUUAUUACAGGCGUCAGUGAUUCAGCAAUGGGCAAUAAUAAAUGCCGAGCAAGAAAGGAUAUCAAAAAAGUCAUUCACCCGUAUCCAACGGUGGAGAUUGGCAAGGGAAAGACAGUGGUUAGCGACAUCCAUGAAGGAGGCGAGGUGGACAUACUGUUCACGUUUACCGGGACACCACCUUUUGAGUUCACAUAUACCCGCACCGAAAAUCUCCGAAAAGGCACGGGUAAACCACGCGUUCUCGAGACGCGCCAUGACACGUCAGACGAAUUUAGCAAGAUGAUCCGUGCCAGCGACGAAGGCAUCUAUGAAGUUGUGAGCAUCAAGGAUCGUUUCUGCUCAUACACCAAGCCCAGUCACAAGGUCGCGGGCAAUGGCGGCCAGAAGAAGUUGUUGACCUACUGA